UAGAAACUUUACAGAAACCGAAACUGCCAGGAAAAGGAGGGGCAGCGAGCUUGCCCAGAGCUCCCUGCACACUCGAGCCGAGUCGGCACCAUGAGCAACGUUUCCAAAACCUUCUUCUCCAGCGUCAACACCGGCCUCACCCCGAACUACGAGGAGCUCCGGGAGGAGCACCAGAUAGCUGUGCUGGGGGCCCCAAGCUCGGCGGCCGUGACCUCCACCGUCAUCAAUGUCCACAGCGAGGUCUCCGUGCCCGACCACGUGGUUUGGUCCCUGUUCAACACGCUCUUCAUGAACUGGUGCUGCCUGGGCUUCGUGGCGUUUGCCUACUCCGUGAAGUCCAGGGACAGGAAGAUGGUGGGCGAUGUGACCGGGGCCCAGGCCUAUGCCUCCACCGCCAAGUGCCUGAACAUCUGCGCGCUGAUCGGCAGCCUCCUCCUGACCGUGAUAGCCAUCGUCGUCGUUGCCACCAGCUCGGCUGUGAUCUUCCAGGCAUUUUCUCCCUAGCAAGGACACCUGGAGACAGCGCGUCCGGCGCCGGCCUCUGCUCCCCGCACCCUGGCUGCCGGCCCCGCCCCUGGGCCCCGUGUCCUUAGGAGCACUUUGUCCAGAGCGGGGCUCAAUAAAGUGCAUGUGUGCGCGACA